AUGAUUGAUACUGUCAUAUCGGCCGAAAUUCCAGAUCAAACCAUCGACCCAGGAUUAUUCGAAGUUGUCACGAAAAAUUUGAUUCACGGUCCCUGUGGUGAUAUUAAUCGAAAUUCUCCCUGUAUGAUUGAUGGCAAAUGUUCGAAACGUUUUCCAAAACAAAUGAUUGCUGAAACAAUUACAGGAGAUGAUGGAUAUCCACAGUAUCGUCGACGAUCAACUGAAGACAACGGUAAAUCAACUGUAAUUAAACUUCAAAAUCAAGACGUUGAAAUCGAUAACCGGUGGAUAGUUCCGUACUCACCGAUACUGUCAAAAAUGUUCAACGCUCACAUAAAUGUAGAAUAUUGCAAUUCUGUAAAAUCAAUCAAAUAUAUUUGCAAGUAUGUGAAUAAGGGCAGCGAUAUGGCUGUUUUUGGAGUGGCUCCUGAAAAUAGUCAUGAUGAAAUUUUACAGUAUCAAAUGGGGCGCUAUAUUAGUACGAAUGAAGCUGUAUGGCGUAUUUUAUCGUUUCCAAUUCAUGACAGACAUCCGGUUGUUGUACAUUUGGCAGUUCAUCUUGAAAACGGCCAACGUGUUUACUUCACUGCUGCAAAUGCCGCACAAAGAGCAGUAGAACCACGAGCAACUACACUGACAGCUUUUUUCCAGUUAUGUGAAACGGAUGAAUUUGCCAGGACUUUGCUAUAUUCGGAAGUGCCACACUAUUUCACAUGGAAUGCAUCAACAAAAAAAUUUCAACGUCGCAAACAAGGCACAUCUGUUGAUGGUUAUCCAGGUAUUUUUCGAACAGAUGCUUUGGGACGCAUUUAUACAGUUAGUCCAGCUAAUAUUGAAUGUUUUUACUUGCGAAUUUUGUUGGUGAACGUACAUGGACCGCAAUCAUUCCAACAUUUACGAACUAUCAAUGGUCAAAUGUGCGCCACAUACCGUGAAGCAUGUCACCAAUUGCAUUUGCUGGAAGAUGAUACGCAUUGGGAUUCUACGCUUCGUAAUGCAUCAAUUUCAUCUCCACCAAAUCAAAUUCGUAUGUUAUUUGCGAUCAUAAUAUCAACAUGUUUUCCACUGGAAUUGUGGAAUAAAUACAAAGAUUUCAUGGCUGAAGACAUUUUGAUUCGACUUCAACAUCGUUCAAAUGAUCCUGCAUUGCUGCUGACAUUGGAAAUAUAUAAUGAAGUCUUGAUAAUGAUCGAAGAUUUGUGCCUUACUAUUGCAAAUAAAGCAUUAGGGCAAUUAGGAUUGACUCAACCAAAUCGUCCAAUGCAUGAUUUAUUUGAACGAGAAUUGCAACGCGAACAGCAAUUCGAUCGUGAUGAAUUGCGUGCGUUCGUACAAACGUAUACUCCACAAUUAAAUGAUCAACAAAAAGAUGCAUAUGACAAAGUGAUGCAAGCUGUCAAUGACAACACUGGUGGAUUGUAUUUUUUGGAUGCACCUGGCGGCACUGGAAAAACAUUUUUGAUAUCAUUGAUAUUAGCAACGGUUCGGUCGGAACGAAAAAUCGCAUUGGCACUUGCUUCUUCCGGUAUUGCAGCUACAUUACUUGAUGGCGGCCACACAGCACAUUCCACCUUGAAAUUGCCAUUGAACAUGCAAGCAAUUGAAACACCAACAUGCAAUAUUUCAAGGAGUUCUGGAAUGGCUAAAGUCUUGCAACAAACAUCGAUUAUUUUAUGGGACGAAUGUCCAAUGGCCCAUAAAAAAUCUUUGGAAGCCUUAAGUCGAACAUUGCAAGAUUUGAGAAAGAGUCAACAGCUGUUUGGCGGUGCAUUAAUAUUGUUAUCUGGUGAUUUUCGUCAAACGUUGCCUGUUAUUCCGAGAUCAACACCAGCUGAUGAAAUUAAUGCAUGUUUGAAAAGUUCAUUUUUGUGGGCACACGUACAAAGGCUUUCGUUGACGACCAACAUGCGUGUGCGUCUUCAAAAUGAUUCAUCAGCACGUGAGUUUUCAAAGCAAUUGCUGAAGACUGGCGAUGGAAAAAUUGCAAGUGAUCAAAAUGGGUUUUUCAUGUUACCGAAUAAUUUUUGCAUAAUUGUAUCAUCAAAACAAGAACUCAUUGAUCGCGUUUCACAAAAUAUUGUUCAAAAUUAUAAUAACCAUGAUUGGUUACGAGAACGUGCAAUUUUAGCACCAAAAAAUAUCAAUGUCAACGAAAUCAAUUUCCACAUCCAGGAAAAAUUGCCAGGUGAUUCGGACAUAUAA